GGAUUCCCCUGCCACGCCCCCCUCGGCCGCUGUCAGAGAUGCACCCUGCCACGCCUUCCUCGGCCGCUGUCAGAGAUGCACCCUGCCACGCCCCCCUCAGUAGCUCUCACGGUGCCUCAUUAUCCCGUGCCUGCCCGAUCACCGACAGCGGUGACUCGUUAGGAUUCAGACUAUAUAGACUCACGUUCUCGAGUCACAGGCUGUUGGUUCUUGUAUUGUCAUGCUGGUGAUACCCGUGGCUGCUCGACCGCCAGCAUUCCCCGCUGGUUCCGUUUUCCCAUGGAUUACUCUUAGCCGCUGCCGUUUACUUUCGUUUCGACUCCAGGUUUUGGUUUGGAUUGCUCGUCUCGAGCGGACAUUCUUGUUUGUUUUCUCGCCUCGGCAGCAGAGUGACAGCUCUGUAUUAUGACCAUGUCCGUGUCUCCUUCAUUAGGAGGUAAAGAUCUUGGACUCAAAAGUACUUCUUUGGUCGGCAAAACUUCAUCCUUCUCCAUCAUGAGCGAGAUAAAAAACUUCACAGUGUCCUGUCUGGAUUUGGAGACUUUCCUCUUGGCGAGGGUGAAACUGCGCCAGGAGGGAUUUUUGGAUUCCAACAUGAAAGCCAGUUUGGAUUUUGCGAUUCAGACUCUGGAGAAGUUUCCCAUCUCUAAACGCCGUGACGUCUCUCUCACACUUGAAGGUGAUCGUCAGCUGGUUCGCUUUACUGCUGGGAACCCCGUCCUUCUGUAUAUGGUGCGUUCUGGUCAGAAAGGUCCAGAGCUCCAUCAGAAGAUUCCGGUCGGGCCUCGUCUCAUUCCCUCGUGCCUGAGCGAGUCUCACUUUGCCGGACACUGCUGCAGAGACGAGCUGGAGAGCUGCAUGAAUCAAGCUAGGCGAGUUUUAAGCGCCGAAAUCGAGUCUAACCCAUCGUGUCAGAGUGAGCUGGAGCUGAGGAUUGUAUGCGGUGAGCUUCGGAUGACUUACGCCACCCAGCAUCCCCAGCGUAGCCUUUUUGUCCAACCUCACCGCCGAGUUUUCUUCGGCAAAUUACUGAAACUGGAAAAGCUCCUGGAGACUAAAACGCAUUUGGAGAGAAGCGGUGAGAUGAAGGAAGGUCUGCUGGCAUGUUUUCAGCACCUGCUGAUCAACUACAGCCAGUUUCAAGAGGAAAACAUCCGUGUCGUCAUUCAGAGCGAUGGAGAGCUGAUGGAGCUGGUCUGCGGCCGCAACGACUACCACAGCACACAGCACUACAUCUUCACCGAUGGACAGAAUCGAGCUUACAGCCACAGGGUUCAGGACAUGGAGCUGUGGGAGUAUGAAUAAAGGGAAUAUCACCUAGAGCUAGCUAGCUAGCUAGUUAUCAAGAUUUUUGCCCCCUUCCUGAUUUCUUAUUGUUUUGCAUGUUUGUCACACUUUAAUGUUUCAGAUCAUCAAACUGAUUUAAAUAUAAGUAAAAGA